AUGGCAACUCUUCAAGGAGCAGGGAUCCCCAGGGUCAAGCUAGAACCCGCGCCUGACCAAAACAUUAAGAUGGAGUCCAUGGACGACACACCUUCACCUUUCGUCGACGAAGAUGAUGACAUGUAUGAGGAUGCCGGUGACCUCGAUUUCUCACAGGCACAGCAACAACUAUGGCUCAGUCAUAUUCCGCGAACAUUAUGGGAGACACUCUCUAAACUGCAAGAUGAAGACGAGAUCGAAAUUGGGAGAAUCAGGGUAGAAGGCGCAGAGUCCAAUCCAUCAAGAGUCAGCAUGCUGUUAUACCCGCUGCCAGUGUUCGAGAACGAGCCCAAAGAAUACAACCUCUUCAACCCGCCGCCUGAAAAACUACGAUCACGGAGAUCUGGACAAGCGUUGGUCUUCUCGGAGAAAGAUCUACCAGGAUAUAAACCCCGCACUUUUGCAUGGGACGAUAUCGAUGAAGAAGGCAACCCGGGGCAGGGCCGCUCAUUCCUCUACGAGAGACACAAGCGCGAGCAAAAGAAAAAGGAAAACAAAGGGCGCUUCGUGCCCUACGCUCGACGACCUAUACCAAAACAAACAGCCAUCACGGGCACGAUAGCAAAGGAGUUCGAGGCAGUACCGGUCAAGAACGAUGAGUACUUUGUACUCGAGAACAAGCAGGCGGCAGAACUCCUCAAGAUCCCGGAGCGAGAACAAGCCAUCUUUGCCACUGGCGACUACGACCCAGAGAAGAACAGCAGAUCGUUUAUGACGAUGAGCGAGAGACAAGCUGUCUUGAAGAGCGCCCAGGCAAGGAAGCACGCGCAAAAGGAAACCCGUGCGGCGCGUGUGGACAAGCAUGUCCUCAUCGACAAACUUUUGGAUCUCUUUCGUCAACAUCGCAUCUGGGGUCUACGCGACCUCAAAGCCAAGGUCAACCAACCCGAAGCAUAUCUCCGCGAAACGCUCUCGGAAAUCGCAUUUAUGUGGAAGUCCGGUGAUUUCAAUGGCAAGUGGGAGUUGAAGCAAGAGUUCAAGCAGCAAGAUACGACUUUACUGAACCCAACGGGCGUGGAGGUUGCGCCAAAGGUGGAGGAGUCAGACAUGGACACCAAGUCCGGCAUUGACGACGAUGACGACGAUGUCUUUGAGGAUGUCGGUGUUGACGGUUAG